GCAAUCACCAUAUUAUUCCCAAAUUUCCGUCACCAUUGUUCUACUCUUCGCCACCCUUCAUCAUCGAUCUCACCACUCCAAACCUUUCUCUUCCAUUUUCCAACUCCCUAAGUCGCAGACCUUUGCCCCCACCUCACAGUAGCUGUGCAUCAUCUUCAACAGCUCAUGGGUCUGUCCUUUCUUCUAGAAAUCGUUGGUCUUCUCAAUUUCUUUCUGUCUCUGGAGCUUGGGUCUCCAUUUCUAGGAAGACCCGCAGCCUCUCACUAGUAAAUUGGUACUAAAACCAAAGACGUGGGAAAACUGAGGGGAGUGACAAGUUAAAAAGCUAGCCAUUUGUGUUUUAGGCUUAGAUUAUCUUGGAGUUAGACUAGCCACAUAUAUUUGGACUUAGCUUAUUUGUAAUUAGGUUUGUAGAAUAAAUUUUAAUUUCAUAUUUUUGCAAAAUUGUUCCAUGGAUUGUAGUUAUGAAUUUAAUAAGUUUUGAGCCUUGUGCAUUUGUGGGAUCCUCUCACAACUGUACGGCGUCUGUUUCGCCCUUGGAUUUGGGUUCUAGGGCAUGACAACAUGUUUAU